AUGGAAAGCGAAGCGCUGAAAGCCCGCAGACUCGAAGAGGAGCGCGCGCAACUCGAGGCGCAGAUUGCCGCGCUGAUGGCGAAGAAAGCUGCGCUCGACGGUGAGCCAGCACCGGCCACACCACCGCCGAGAGCGGCGUCAGAGAGCGGAAAGUUGAAGAGAAGGGACCACGGAGAAGUCAUCGCCCCUGCCAGUCCUUCACCCAAACGUCGCCGGCUAGACCUACCUACACUACCUUCAGCACCUGUUCCCGUCCCCACAACUGUGGUGAGCCAGAAUAAAGGGAAACGGAAAGCGAAGGAGAAGCAAGAAGACCUACCACCGAAGCAACCGCAGAAGAGUACGCUGCUCUCGAAGCUCGCAAAGCUGAGUGGUCCCGAUUCUGCCCCAUCACCUACGGCGGACGAAGGCAGAAGUACGUCCUUUGAUGCCAAGCCAAGGCUCGAAGAACCUACGGAUACCGGCGUAGAGCGAGACGACCGGCUGAAAGUGGUCGAGAAGCUUGAGCGCGGCCCUUACAAUCACGCCCCGCCAGUAGACGAUCCGACAUUUGAGCGCAUAGAGCCCCACUCUGGAACUCACCUUUCGUCGCGCACAUUUCCCCAUUCUUCCUUAGCGGACUACUUGGCCGACCGCUACUUCGUUUCGCCCUCGAUGCUCUAUUCUGUUGUCCGCUUACAGCCAAAUGGAACAUAUGAGGUACCACUUGUUGGAGACUGGGUCACCAUAGCCGUCGUUGCGGAGCGUGGACCUGUGCGCGUAGCGAGAGCCCUGGGUGGGACCCGAGGCGACGACGACGAAGAUGCGACUAAUCCGAAGUAUGGCAAGCCAAAGAAAGAUAAGGGCAAGGAGAAGGAGAAGGACUCUGCGGAGACCAAGGGUGGAGAGGACGAGGAGGAGACCGAAGAGCGGCAAGAGGAUAAACCAAAGGGCGGGCGGCGCUUUGUCACACUGAAGCUCGUCGACUUCGGUGCUCGGGACAGCGCUGCUGGCGAUGCACAGUUGAACCUCUUGUUAUUUGAGGCGGAUAGCGUCAUGCGACAACCAAGGGCCGGCGGCGGCAAAGAUGAGAUGAUCUACAAGGGUGGUAGCAAAGGGGCGUACGAACGCAUGGCGACCCUUCGUGAAGGCAGUGUGGUAGCGUUGCUGAACCCCCGCGUUUUGAAGCCUUAUAGCAAGAAUACGUCUUCCACCGCAAAUGUUCUUGCUCUGACCCCCGAGUCUCUCGCCUCAACUCUCGUCAUUGGAACGGCACGCGAUCUUGGCCGGUGUACCGCAACCCGAAAGGAUGGCAAGACAUGCGGGGCAUGGUUCGACAAGCGUAAGGUUCCUGGUCCUGGUGGCGGCGCUUGCGAGUGGCAUGUCGAGAGCAAGCUGCAACGCGUACGAGGCGCACGGGCGGAGUUCACUGUGGGAACCUCUAAUAUGUCUCGUACCGCGAAGAAGGUCAAGACCGAGUACGACCCGCGGCGAAAGUGGGGACUUCAGCCACAGGGCGGCUCAGGGAGCACAGGAGGACGCGUGGAUUCUGAUUCUGGAGGUGCAACCUACGUGAUAUCCGGCCAGGUUGUCUCGCACUCUACUUCAAGCCUCUUCGUGAACGAGAAACUUGGUCGCGAAGCACAGCGCAAGGACGCGCGGAAGGAGAAGGAGCGAGAGGAACAGGAACUCGUCAAGCUUAUGGAGAGGGAUGAGGAGGGGAUGGGGAUGGUCGAGAAGGCUAGGGCGUGGACCGCAGCGCAGAAGGAGAAGGAGAAGAACGGAGGGAAAAGUAGUAGGGACAAGGGAAAGACGAAGGACGUUCCUGGUGCGGGGACUUCCACAGGGCGAGCAUACACCGCGGAGACCAUCAAACUGCUCGGGUUUGAUCCGAGCGCGAGCGGCGUGGCUGGAGGGGACGCCACGGGGCGUGCUGCAAUGCUCUCGAAGUUGGCCGCUACCCGCGAGUCAAAUGGCAUCAGUCUUCGUCGGCGCCCUGGGACAAAGCACCGCUCCAGUGUACAAAUCCCUGGACAAGUCGCACCUGGAGACGAGUCGAUAGCUGGAGCAAGCGAAGCGGUGGUCGAUCUCGACUCAUCGUCAGACGACGGCGAUGUUGUGCAGAUGCGCAAACCUACAGCGAAUAUGGCGGUUAGGCGAACCAAAGCAGGCUCACAUGUGGACAGGGAAGACGUGCAUAGAACGGGCAGUGGUACAAUAGAGUCUAUGUCCGACGACCAAGACAAAGAGAUGCCGUCGCGGUUGACUUGA